AUGAACAUUCAUCACGGCGAACCCCGGAAAAUCUCCUUCCAUGUCUCUGAUCAGUACCAGAUCAAAGACGUUGUAGGCGAAGGUGCAUAUGGCAUUGUUUGCUCUGCUGUCCAUAAAGAAACUGGCCUUCAAGUCGCUAUUAAAAAAAUCACACCCUUUGAUAGAACAAUGUUUUGUCUAAGAACCCUCCGUGAAAUCAAACUCUUACGCCACUUUUCUCAUGAAAAUAUUAUCUCAAUAGUCGACAUUCAAAAACCAAUAUCAUAUGAACAAUUCACAGAUGUUUACCUUAUUCAAGAACUUAUGGAAACUGAUAUGCAUAGAGUCAUCCGAACACAAACUCUCUCAGAUGACCACUGCCAAUAUUUUAUAUACCAAACUUUUCGCGCACUUAAAGCCCUGCACUCUGCUAAUGUCUUACAUCGCGAUUUAAAACCAUCAAAUCUUUUGCUCAACUCAAACUGUGACCUUAAGAUUUGCGACUUUGGACUCGCACGUUCAGCAGCUUCUUCAGAUGAUAAUUCAGGCUUUAUGACAGAAUACGUUGCCACUCGUUGGUACCGUGCCCCAGAAAUCAUGCUUACCUUUAAAGAAUACACAAAAGCCAUUGACAUGUGGUCGGUAGGCUGCAUUCUCGCUGAAAUGCUGACGGGUAAACCUCUUUUCCCUGGCAAGGACUACCAUAACCAACUUACGCUCAUUAUUGAAAUUUUGGGUACCCCAGUAAUGGAGGAUUAUUACAAUAUUAAGUCGCGCCGUGCUCGUGAUUACAUUCGCUCUCUCCCCUUUACUAGAAAACGCUCCUUUGCUGAGCUUUUCCCCAGAGCUAAUCCUCUUGCCAUUGACUUGCUGGAAAAGCUCUUGACUUUUAACCCCACAAAGCGAUUGACUGUUGAAGAUGCGCUCGAACACCCGUACCUUGCCUCAUAUCAUGACCCCGAUGAUGAGCCUACUGCGCCCCCCAUUCCCGAAGAGUUUUUUGAUUUUGACAAGCAAAAGGAUCACCUGGGAACAAAGGAACUUAAACAGCUGAUAUAUAAUGAAAUUAUGAAGUAUUAA